UGCGAGCUAAUUUUCAUGAUCGGCUCAUUCCGAUUUAAUUUUAAAAAUUCACUCAAACUCACGGCCGUGGCAAUUUGUUUCCUCUUUUCAAACCAGGACAUUUACAAAUCCAACAACUGCCGGUCGGACUAUCUGGAGAUUCGGGACGGCUACUGGCACAAGUCCCCGAUUCUGGGCAAGUUUUGCGGCUCCGGUAAGGUGAACGACCUGAUCAAAUCAACCGGGAGCCGAAUGCUGCUCACCUACACGACCACGUUCCGGCAGGCCAACAUGCGGGGGUUUGCCGCCAGCUAUGAGGCGGUCUGCGGUGGCAACGUGAACCUGGAGAGCGGAGGCCGGCUCGAGUCGCCCAACUACCCGAUGGAUUACCUGCCGAACAAGGAGUGCAUCUGGAAGAUUACGGUGCCCAAGGACUACCAGGUGGCGCUCAAGUUCCAGUCGUUUGAGGUGGAGAACCACGACAACUGCGUGUACGACUACGUUGAGGUGCGGGACGGGGACUCGGCGGACUCGCGGGUCAUCGGGGUGUUUUGCGGGUACAAGAUCCCGCCGGAUAUGAGGUCAACCACGAACAAGAUGUUCGUCAAGUUCGUUUCGGACGGGUCGGUGCAGAAGGCAGGGUUCUCGGCGACCUUCAUGAAGGAGGUGGACGAGUGUGAACACAUGGACCAUGGCUGUGAGCACGAGUGUAUCAACACGCUGGGAGGUUACGAGUGCGCUUGUUACAUCGGUUACGAGCUGCACAGCGAUAAGAAGUCCUGCGAGAACGCUUGUGGAGGUACGCUGAAGCAGCCCAAUGGGACAAUUUUUUCUCCGUCCUUCCCGAACGAGUACCCGAUCCUGAAGGAGUGCGUCUGGGAGAUCAUCGCGCCACCUCAGCACAAGAUCACGCUGAACUUCACCCACUUUGAGCUGGAGGGUAACACGUUCUACCAGGCGUCCGAGUGCGAGUACGACUCGGUGACGAUCUACUCAAAGAUCACCGAGGACAACCUGAAGAAGCAUGGAGUGUUCUGCGGGACGAAACUUCCGGGCUCGAUCACUUCGGAGAGCAAUACACUGCGGGUGGAGUUCAAGUCGGACAAGACCAUCCAGAAGUCCGGCUUUGCCGCGAUCUACUCCACAGACGUGGACGAAUGCGCGGUCAACAACGGAGGAUGUCAGCACGAGUGCAAGAACACGCUUGGAUCGUACGUGUGCUCGUGCCACAACGGGUACACGUUGCAGGACAACGGACACGACUGCAAGGAGGGUGGCUGUAAGUACGAGGUUACGACCCCGAACGGGCAGAUCUUCAGUCCCAACUAUCCGGACUACUACCCGCCCAAGAAGGAUUGCAUCUGGCACUUUACGACCACCCCCGGACACCGCAUCCGGCUGGUGUUCAACGUGUUCGACAUCGAACCGCACCAGGAAUGCGCUUAUGACCACAUCGUAAUCUACGACGGCGAUUCGCCGGAAAGCUUCACCCUAGGUCGGUUCUGCGGGGCCAAACUGCCCCACCCGCUCUCCUCGACCUCGAACGAGAUGUAUAUGGUGUUCAACACGGACACCAGUGUCCAGCGGAAGGGCUUCUUCGCGAGCCACUCGACCGCCUGCGGGGGUCACCUGCGGGCCACCAACAAGGUGAAGCAUAUCUACUCGCACGCCAAGUUCGGCGCCGGCAUGUACGACAACGGGGCUGACUGCGAGUGGUCCAUCGAGGCGGACCGCGACAAGAACGUCCAGCUUAAGUUCCUCACCUUCGACGUCGAGGAGGAGCGCAUGUGCUCGUACGACUACGUCGAGGUGUACGGCGGGCUGGACGACGCGAGCGGACCGCUGCACGGCAAGUACUGCGGCAAUAGCAACCCCCCGGAAAUCAUCUCGCUGAACGAAGCGCUCUUAGUUCGCUUCCGCUCGGACGACACCGUCGGCUUCAAGGGCUUCUCCGCCUCCUUCGUCGCGGUCAGCCCUUUUGGGCCCGACGGUCCCGCCUCGGACGAGGACCUGUCGGAGAGCGCCGAAAUCACACCGUUUCCGGGCUCGCUCAAAAACACCGUCAUCCGGCAGCAUCCGGGCGAGGACGUGGACGAGGAGGACGACGACGAGGACGAGCGCGCCUACGAGCCGCUGUACAACCAGCGGCACCUGAACCCCAAGGUGCGCAUUUCGGUGCGCAACGAGAUCCGGUCCUCGCAGGCGAUCGACUGAAACAGGCCCCGCCGCGUCGGCAUCCGGCGCAAGGUUAACUAGUGUGGGUGAGCGCGCCUGGGCUCGUGAGUGUGUAUGUGUGCGGGUAUGCGUGAGCUGAGUUUGUGAGUUUUAUUGUUUUAAUUGUUGACAUUUGUCGGUUUCUGCAAUCUGGACAUUUUUUUAAUUUAGUUUGGUACAUCGUGCAACGUGCCAAACGAUAUAGCUACCUUAAAUGCUUUACAUCUUUGUUUCUGGGGUCAAGAUUUGGUAUUUUUUUCUGUAAGUUAGCUAUGAACCAAUUGGUUUGUUUAUGUUUUUCUCUACGUACCGAACUAGCGAUGGAUUGAUAUUUAUUUCUUUAUAAGUUGCAUGCAAGAUGGAGUCUUGACUUUCAUGGAAGUUCUAUUAAAUUGCAUGCAUUCAAUGCACUCAAAUAAAUCCUGUUGAUUUAUUCAAUAUCGUUGAAGUUUGACAUUAUCCAGCAAUGCUCAAACAACAUUUAUACAUGUGUGUGUUUUUUUUUCAUCAAAAUUGCGUAUGGGUGAGUACAGAGUACAUUCUUUAGCUAAAAUUAAUUGCUUGAUCGAGGAGUAACUUGCCUUGGCUGAGCGUUGAAGUUCCUUUUUCCAGAUUUUGCAGAGCUCACCUCAGCUGAAUCUUUUUGCAGAAUCAAGCAGUUAUUGUAAAAUACCGAGUCAUGUCAAUAAUUAAGAUUAACCAACAUUAUAAUUUCAUAAUCUGACGUAAAAUACUGAAUUAAUUUCAGCGAAAACUCAACUUGACAUCAAUCCAAAGAUUAUAAAAACCAAAGUACGAAAAAUAAAAACCCAAUUGAAAGUUUUCCUGAACAAUCUGAACAAAAUCACAGCAAACACUACUGGAAUAACUGCAAAUAUAAAAAAAAAAAAACAUUUUGAACGGUAAUAUCCUGGUUCAAAAUUCACAAUUGUAAAAUUCGAAAUAAAUUACAAAAACAGAAAUGACGACACAGAAAUGUCUGUGAUGAUGAAUUCCAACAAAAAAAAAUACUGCACGAAAAUAAAAGACAAAUAAUUUAUUUAUAAAACAAUCCCCUUUUCUGGGCAGCUACUACUGCAAGUUAGUUUUAACAUCGCGUUUAUCGUAGGUCCCUCCUAGGUGGUAUAGGUAAAGAAGUAACGACAAAUAAUUAAGAUACCAAAAAUUUCAAUAACUGUUUCGAGUGCAGCAAUGACUAUACCCCAUUAUCAGAACGUUGUCUUGCCAGCGACACAGCGCCCGUAGAUAUAUUUACAAUUAUCACCCGUUAACUCGUUAAGAACAACCGAUUUAAGCUAAGUGUAGAAUUACUUCUUCCAAAGAAAUUUAACAUAAGUUUUCGACCUACUCAUCAUUAUCAACCAGCAAUCAUAUCCUUUCACUGGCAACUUUAAAAGAAACUCGUUAAUCUCUUCAACUGUACACAUCGUUUCUGGUUCUAAUAGUGAAAUCAAAUUCUGCAAAUAGGAGAACGAUCAAAGUGAAUAUCUAUAAAUGUUUAACGAACAAAAAAAAAUCAUACUUUAAUAGGCGUAUCAAAAGAAUUGUUAGAUAAGAUAGGACGCAGGUUACACACUCUGCAUUAAACUGGCGUAUAAAGGACAUGUGUGGUAAAUUUCACUAAAAAGUGCGUGUGUCCGUUCCGAACAAUAAUUAUUUUGACGAGUGAGUCAGGAACUUGAAGAUUAAGAAGAAUAUAUUUAAAGAACAUUGUCUUGAGUGUAGUUCGAAAAACUUGAAUAAAUAUAGGAUUAGAGAAAA